AUGGGAGCUCUCUUUCUCUCUCUCUCUCUCUCUCUCUCUCCUCUCUCUUCCCUACCCGUUCACUCUCUUUCACUUUCUUACUGUCUCACUCUUCAUUUCUUUCUCUCUCUUUUCCCUCACUGUCACUCUCUUAUCUCUCACUCUUUUCCAUUUCUCUCUCUCUUUUCAAUAUACUCUUACCCAACUUUCAUUCUCUUUUCUCUCUCCAUUCACUUCCUCUCUCUCCCUUACUUUCUUAACCCUAUCCCUUCCACUUAUCUCUCUCUCUCUCUAUCCUCUCUUUUUCCGUUUUCCCUUCUUCUCUACCACUUUCUUCUACUUCCCUUCUCUGAUUUACACUCUCUAUUUCCUCAUCCUCUUCAAGCCUUUCUUCCUCCUUCUCUCUCUCUCUCUCUCUCUGUCUCUCUCUACCACGUCUCACUUUCUCAUUUUCUUUCUACCUCUCUCUUUCCAGUAUUAAACUCUCUCUCUCCGUUCAACUCCCUCUCUCUCUCUCUUCGUUCAACUCUCUCCUUUACUCUGGUUUUCCUUAUCGCCUUCCUCCUCUCUCACUCUAUUUCCUUCCAUUCUCUCUUUCUCUCUCUGGUUUUAUCUCUUUUUUAUCGCUGUGUAUAA